UGAUUAGCAAAUUCAGCUUCAAUUCUUACAGCAACAACACAAUAAUGUCUUCUGAUCUCUCUGUUAUCCUUCCUCGUGUUCUUAUCGUUUCUAGACGUAGUGUUCGCAAGAACAAGUUCGUCGAUUUCGUGGGGGAGUAUCAUCUUGAUCUUAUAGUGGGGUAUGGUGCGGUACCCGUGAUUGUGCCUCGUGUUUCUGGGGUUCACAUGCUGUUAGAUAGCUUCGAGCCCAUUCAUGGCGUGCUUCUCUGUGAAGGGGAAGACAUAGACCCAUCUUGGUACGAAGAAGACACAUCAGGUCUUUCACAGGAGGAACUUGAAGAGAUCAGAAGGCUUCAUGCCAGUGAUACAGCAAUUGAUAAAGAAAAAGAUUCAAUUGAGCUGAGACUUGCUAAGCUAUGCCUUGAGAGGAACAUUCCCUACAUGGGAAUUUGCAGGGGAUCACAGGUCCUUAAUGUUGCAUGUGGGGGUACCCUUUUUCAGGACAUAGGAAAAGAGCUUUCUAGGAAGUGUCCUGAAAGCCAGAGAGUGGUACACAUAAACUAUGAUGACUAUGAUGGCCAUAGGCAUAAGGUGAAAAUAGUGGAAAACACACCUCUGCAUAACUGGUUUAAGGAUUCUUUGGAAGAAGAUAAAAUGGAGAUUCUGGUUAAUAGUUAUCAUCAUCAGGGGGUUAAGAGACUGGCACAACGAUUUUUUCCGAUGGCUUUUGCCCCAGAUGGUUUGAUUGAAGGGUUUUAUGACCCAGAUGCUUAUAACCCUGAAGAGGGGAAGUUCAUUAUGGGAUUACAGUUUCAUCCUGAGAGAAUGAGGAAGCCUGAUUCUGAUGAAUUUGAUUACCCUGGAUGCCCAUUUGCUUAUAAGGAAUUUGUGAAGGCAGUGAUUGCUUACCAGAAGAAGUUGAAUAGUAUAACAUGUGUGCAAAGGCCUGUAAAGCUUAACAAGGAGAUGGAAAACAAGAGGAAGAUCAUAGUAAGAAGUUUCUCACUUGCCAAAGAUAUGUACGCCACAGGCAGAGGAAUGAACCCUUCCAAGGCGUCUGAACUUGAAGCUGGAGCAGAUUUCCUUGAGUCAAACACAGCGUUGAGUGUACAGCAAGAGAAGAGGUUAAAGCAGAUGGGGGCAACAGUUAGAAAUGCUGGGUCAUACAUUGAGAGGCUGAAACUGAAUGAAGAAAGGGAGAGAAUGGCAAGAAAUGUGAUGGCAAAAAUGACGGUGGAACAGUUAUCUGAGCUCUUGACCUUUUAUCACACGAUGGGUCAAAUAUGUUCUGAGGUGUUGGAAAAGAAGUUUCAUGAACUUGUGGUCAGCAAUAAUGACUUUGUUGGGUCAUAGCCUUUUUUCCUUUUCUCUCUCUUGUUCCUUUGUCUUUGGGUGGCCAUGCAAAGUAGGAUCUAUGGGACUCACGAGUAUCUUGUUGUAUCAUAGGGUCCCAGCAUGGUUUCUUCUGUUGUACAUCUUUCACUCUUUUUCCUCUCAAUGAAAGUGAUGU